UGAUCCGAUUGGUUGUACGCUGUGACGUUCGACGCACGUUUCGUAGUGUAGCGCGCCAAACACGGCAAACAGCAGCAAAGAGUGAAUGUGCUGAAAACUCUAAAAAACAUUUAUUAACCCAGCUUGGAGCUAAAUUUACAGCUAACAAGUAACAUGUCUUCCACAAAUAGAGCGCCAUCACAGACCAGAAAUUUACCAUGGGUUGAAAAAUACAGACCACAGAAACUUGACGAUCUGAUCUCUCACAAAGAUAUUCUAAGCACCAUCCAGAAGUUUAUCAGCGAGGACAAGCUUCCACAUCUCUUGUUCUAUGGCCCCCCUGGAACAGGCAAAACCUCCACCAUCCUCGCCUGUGCCAGGCAGCUGUACAAAGACAAAGAGUUCAACUCCAUGGUGUUGGAGCUGAAUGCAUCUGAUGACAGAGGUAUUGAUGUUGUACGAGGUCCCGUUCUGAGUUUUGCCAGCACCCGGACCAUCUUCAAGAAGGGCUUCAAGUUGGUGAUACUGGAUGAGGCCGAUGCCAUGACCCAGGAUGCCCAGAAUGCAUUGCGGCGAGUGAUUGAGAAGUUCACAGAAAACACUCGGUUUUGUCUGAUCUGCAACUACCUGUCCAAGAUCAUCCCGGCCCUUCAGUCUCGCUGCACCAGGUUUCGCUUCGGCCCGCUGUCCCCGGACCAGAUGAUCCCCCGGCUGGAGCAUGUAAUCCAGCAGGAGAGUAUUGACAUAACUCCAGAUGGAAUGAAGGCCAUUGUGACCUUGUCAUCAGGUGAUAUGCGAAGAUCACUCAACAUACUGCAGAGCACCAGUAUGGCGUAUGGGAAGGUCACAGAGGACACAGUUUACACCUGCACAGGUCACCCCCUCCGCUCAGAUAUCGCCAACAUCCUCGACUGGUCUCUCAACAAAGACUUCACCACAGCAUACAAACAAAUCCUUCAGCUGAAGACGCUGAAAGGUUUGGCCCUGCAUGAUAUCCUCACUGAGGUUCACCUGCUCAUACACAGAGUGGACUUUCCCCCAGAUAUUCGGAUUGGUCUGCUCAUCAAGUUGGCCGACAUAGAACACCGGCUCGCCUCGGGGACCGAUGAGAAGAUCCAGCUGAGCUCCAUGGUUGCAGCUUUCCAGGCAGUGAGAGACCUCGUGGUCAGUGAGGCCUCGUAGAUGCAGUAACUGCUCCACCCUGCAACAAAAACCACAUCAAUGGGAAGAGAAAAAAAUUUCAACAAUUUCACUCUUUUGUACCACAGUGGAAAAACCAUACUGCUUCAUCCAGAACUUAAAUCGGAAAACUCCAUUACUCCUCUAAGAUUGAAAUUGGUCUCUUAUUUCCUACUCAGUCAUCCUGCUGCCUUGUAUCUAAAACCUUUUAAACAGUUUGGUGGUGGUGUGCAAUGAUGCCAUGAAAAGCUGAGGAUAGGUCGAUUUCCCUUCCCAACCAAACAGCUGAAUUCACUCAUAGGAAAUCUGUGAAAUCACCAGUUUGUUUAUUUGUUUUUUGGAAGAAAACAGAUGUCCUCAGGUGCAUACUGCGUGAUUGCCCACCACUGCUCCACAGACCGAAUGUACAGUGCGGCAGAUGUCUCAGACACAGAUGCUAGCAGCUAUCUGAGUCACUCCCAUGUGCAUGCAAACAGAGCAAAAUGGAAAGCAGUUUAAAGAUCCAUCAUUUGGGCACUUAGUUAAAAUACAGACUCGAAAAA